GCUAUCUUGUUGCUGAUAAAAGGUGAUACUUAGCUUGUUAUCCUUUUAUCCUCUAGUCUUUUGGCGUAUCGUAAAAGUGAACGAGCAAAGGCUGCGGCCACAACGAGAAUCCACUUGAUCAAAUUAUUGUGCCAUAACCAUUGGCUCGUGAUUAUUAGCGACGAUUUUGAAUUUCUCGUUACCAUUCGUCUAAUUUUCAAGGAUGGCAGCCGAUGAAAAAGGAAUGCAAAAAUGGCGAAUCGUAGGUGGUUUCAACGUCAUCCUCGGAGUUAUCGUCUUGAUAGUUCAGGUGGCUACUUUGUUAACCCUUUACGAAUGGGUGGACUGGAUCGGCAUUGGCAUCUGGGGUGGUUGUUUCAUGAUAUCAGCCGGAUCUUUAACCAUCCAAAGAAGUCCCCGACUGAUCUCUAUGGCCAUUUGCGCUCUGCUAAGUGGACUUGCUCUCGUUAUCUUUUAUUCAUGGAACCUUGGUGUCUACAAUAAUUACUCAUACUAUAAUAGCCGUAAUGCCACCACCAGUUAUGUCUAUAAACCGUACUGUGUCCACUACAAUUACAACGCUAGCUUAUGCCAAUGGCGUUUAGCGUCUGAUAUCAUUUUCGUCGUUUGCGGUAGUUUAGCCAUGAUGAUUAACAUCGUUCUAUCGGCCAAUACUAAGGCGAUUGUCGUGAUUCGUCCAAUUGUGCGCUACCCCGUCAACACGGUGAACGCUUACCCGAUGAGCACGACCAACACGACAUACGUCGUGACAAACAGCCGUCCAGCCGCCUAUCCGGUGGCUACCCAGCAAAUGGUUUAUCAAAUGCCCGUCAAUAAUGGCAUGUACCCAACGAGUGGCGUCGUCUAUCAAUCAUCGUCCGGUAAUCAACAGCCAGUUUACUACGCCCAGGCUAACCCACCUGCUUAUACUGCUACCACUGCUACAGCCCCAGUCUAUUACAGUGUUUAAACCCUCGUUGUUAUUUGAAUAAUGAUCAUAUUUCGACCAGAGAAAUGUGAUUGUUGGUGACGUUAAACUAGUGGGCGAUUCGAAAUUACGAUUCAUGAUGAAUUUGGUUUUUAUUUGUAAGUGUACAACUCAAUACAAACGAAAUGGUUAUGUUA